AUGACGAUUAAUCCAGUAGAAUGUCUUCCACAGGAAUACGAAGAAGCGCCACUAACACCGCGAAAUGAUGGAAAAGUCCAGUUCUUGGGUCCCGAGACUGUCAGAUAUAUUUCACCGCCAAGAAUCGAAGUUGUGAGACAAAGAGUCAGACCGAUUGCUCCUCAGCCACCCCAAACCGCUGCAUACUCAUCAAUUUCCCCGCCACCGUCAUACCAAUCUUCAUUGUAUCCGACAGCAAUUCCUCCUCAGCCUCAAGUGGUCCCUAUAUCGAUGCCGAUGAUGUCUCCUCAAUAUAUGAUGCCCCAAAUGGCUCCGAUGAUAACUCAUCAGCCUCAGAUGAUGUGCAUGCCGACAAUACAACAACCUGUGAUUGCGGCUCCAGUAGCUCAAAUGGCUCAGAUGCUAGCGCCAGUUCAAUUGAGUCCACCACAGUUUGUUCAAGCACCACAACAGCAAACGUCUCCUGCCGUAACUCUAUGUAUCAACCAGUCUCCCCAGGUGGGCGGGAUUUCGGGAGGAAACGGAAACGCACUCGUCUGUCCGAAAUGUCGAAAGGGAAUUAUCACGAGACAACAGGAUAAACUCAGAAAAAAAAUCUUGAUGUGCCUUGCCUUCUGCUGCUGUCCUCUCACUUGUGGCAUUCCGUUGUUCUGGAUCUGUUGCAAUUAUGUAGAUACUUGUGGAGCAUGCGGCAAAAGUUAUGGACACCGUGGAAAAAAGAACUAUAAGAAGAAAGUGAAUGCAGUCACAAUGUAG